AUGGGGAAGCGACUUUUUAUGGGUAAAGACUUUCACGACGACUUCCCGGUGACGCUCUGGUACGAGGUGCAGAUGUACUUUGAGGCGUUUUGCGCGAAGGUUGUUGGGGCGCACGGUGCAGUUUACUCGCCUGGCGGAGGCGUUUACGGGGACUCAUCGCCGCGGGAUGCUGGCGGGGAUCCGGUGUUUGCGGUGCUACCGAGCCAGGAUGUCAACCCGGACUACUACACGACGCAGACGGUGUACGGAUUUCUCGAUUUCACCACCACCAUCGGCAACACGGUGAUGAUCUUUUCGCCGCAAAGCGCCGCACCGGCUGUAACAGAGCCACCCAAAACAACGGCCCCACCACCGCCAGUGAUCGAAACGACUCCAACCACCACCACCACAACGGAAGAGGUGGUCCGAGAGAUCAAACCGAGCAAGACGGUCGUAUUGCCGGUGCAACCGAAGGAAAAGGUUAGCAUCGUGCAGGUGCUACCGGAAACACCAAAACCGCCGACCAGCAAACCGAUUGGCCCGCUUAAGUUCAUCCCGAAAGCCGUACCGAAGGUGGCAAUCAAACCGAUCCUUAAGCCAAAACCCAAAAUCGUCGAAGUGACGCCGGUUAAGGUGCAAGAACCGGAACCCCAACCGGACCGGUUCAUCGUGAAACCUGUGCCAAAGUCUGUCAUCAUCAAACCGGUGGCGCCGAUCGUGAAGGUUGUCGCCACAAAGUUUGAACCAACCACGACGACGACGACGACGACUGAGGCUGCCCCGGAAGUGGAAUCGGAAGAGGAACAAUCGGAGGAACUGGAGCAGGAAGAGCCGGAACAGCAAUCACCGGAAAUGGUUGAGGAAGAACCUGAAGAAGAGCAGGAAGAAGAAGAGGAACCACAGGAAGAAGAGGUUGCACCGAAAGAGACGCCGGUAGAAAACGCCCCGGAAACGAUCGAACCGGUUGAACCGGUUCAGGUGACAGAAAAGCCAAAAACGCUCGUUGUCGAAGCUGUCAAACCGGAAACCGGAACCACCACAACAACGACGACAGAAGAGCCGACAGAGACUGCCGCGGCAGAUCAGCACGAGGAACACUCGCCAAUAAUGUUCUCGAACAUUUCGGAGGAUGAAGUGAAAACGUCAGUUGUAACAGCGACCCAGCAACAGAACGACGACACACCGGAAGAGGACGCCGAAGAACAGGACGAAGAGGAGCAGGAUGAGGAACAUGACGAGGAGGAGCAGGACGGUGACGAACCGGUACCGGUUUUGCAGAUCGGCAACAACAUCGGCGAGCCGGAAUACGAUUUCCUGUCGCGUCAACCGUCCGAGUUCGUGGAGGAAACGUUCCGUGUCGUGAACCUGCGGCCAACUGCUGCCGCGUCCGCGGGCACCGCCGCCACUCAAUCACCAACCACCGGUACCGGAGCCUCGCGUGAGAAGGCCCCCAAACCGAAGCGAGGUAAUAAGGGCACCCGACCCACCCAUCCGACCGGUCUGGUGACGAAACUCGGUGGCACCGUGGUCAAGGACGGCACCACGACCGUACACGAGACGAGCGUGAUCGGGACGAUCAUUUCGGGAAAGUACGCGCAGGUCCUUCAAAGCACGUCUCAUGUCAUUCAAGGUAACACACCGAGCGGGGCCUCUGGCGAGGGUCGUCGGCCCAAGCUGAACCCCAGCUCGACCCUGCGCAUCCUGAAGACGGCGGCACCGGCUCUCAGCAAGACGCCCCGGUACGGACCGGAGGCGGCCUCGAUCAUAACGCCCUCCCCGGCGACACAAGCGCUCGAGGACACUGGUUUGCCGCUGGAAAACCUAUUCGCCAGCCAGCCAAGCUCGAGCCUGGUGCGACCGUCGCGUCGUUUGCCCGGUGGCGCCACCGGUGGUAGCUUCAAGAACCGGUUGAAGGGUCGCAUCAGCAAGGACGAGAACGAGCUGCAGCGGGACGAACCGGUUGGUGAGGGUGAGCCAAGCUCCACCGUUACGCCCCAACCGGCUUACGGGAAAAAGCCCGCCGGGGGUCGCUACCGGCAGACGCAAGCCGUAAAGCCCACCGCGAAGAAUACGAGAUAUAACCGUUAUACCGCGUCAAGCGCGGAGGUGGCCACAGUGGCCGCCUACAGUGAGGCGAGCGUUGGGCCCGGCCCGGGGGGCUAUCAGAACCGGCGCAAUAAGUCCUCUCGUAAUGGUUUCAAACCAACAUCAUCCCACAGCGCGUCGGUGGUGCAUCCUCAGCAGCAGCAGCAGCAGCAGCGAGAGCGAGAGCGAGAACGCGAGCGCGAACGCGAACAGGACGCGGCGACCAGGCGAUCGUUCAAGCCGAAACCGCAACCAUCCGCACCGCAGGAGCAGGAACCGGGCCAAACGACGAGCCUGUACAAGUUCAAGCUGAACCGAUCGCCGGGCCGUUGGCAGUACAAAUCGCCGGCGAAACCGACGGUCGCGAUCAGGAAGCAGAGCGCGGUGAAACCCGCCGGCAAGGAGCAGGUACUGGAAACACUCACCACCGCACCGCUUUCCGACACGUCCGUACAGUAUAAUGAUAUCGCGCAGUCACCACCGGAUCACGCCGAGAAGGUGGACACGGAUGCGGACCUCGACCAGUCCGGCUCGGUGCACGGGAACGUCCUGAAUGAGGCGGAAGCGGACAACCAGAUCGAGCGCCGGUACCCGAUCGAGACGCUGAAGGUGGAGAUUUCGACGCCAGCUGACUUCCGGGAUACAUACUACGAGAUUGCAACGAUCAAGUCCCCGUACACCUUCCAGGUUGGAACGGUGAAGAACACACGCUACAUCACAGUCACAUCAACGAUCGAGAAGGUGUUGGAGCAGGAAACGGCCACGAUCACGCCCUCGUUGACGGAACCGUUGACGGAGAACAUCCUCGCGACGACGACACACCUCGAUAAGGAGAGUAAUCUGCUGGAUUCGAGCAUUGCCACGUUGCCACCGAUCGUGCUUGGGUUGGACACUGAAACACCACCACUAGAGACACUGACGGAGACGUUCAGCACGACACAAGCGAUGUUGAAGACGCACAUUCUGCCGGUGGUGCGUGAUGGUGAUACGGCUAGUUACACGCUUAUUCAGACGUACCACGUGACACGGUUGGUUACGGCCACCAAAACGCUUCCUCCGAUGGAGUUGUAUCACUUCGUGCCUUCACGCACGCUGAAUGAGUUUAACUCCCGGUUGGAUGAGGCUGGUUCUGAGCUACAUCUAGAGCUUGAGUUUGGUGACGAUAACGAAGGUGAUGGAGAUGAUGAGAAGCCAAAGCGUGAGCGAUUGCCCUCGGAUUUGGAUCUCGCUAGCAUCGGGUCUGAUUUCGAUCUUUCCGAGGUAGAUCGUGCGAACUUGCCAGAGAACGUGCGCCCGAAGAAACGCAUCUCAGGAGGGAAUAAGGAGAACCGUGUCGUGACGACGGAACCACCUGUUACAACGCCCGCACUAACGCCUGAUCAACUGCAGCAGUUGGCGUUGCUGCGACUGCUCAAUCCAGCGGCUGCUGCUCAGAUUCCAUCCGUGAUCACCUCCUCAAAGCCAGUUGUUCGUCUCGAGACGGUGUACGAAUCGCACGUGUUACCGAUCGUGAAUGGCGCAAACACGAUCCUCAGCACGAUCUCACGCCCAAUCGGUACCAUCACGAAGACAACCUACGAGGUAGUGACGACGACACUACCAACACUGCCACUGCCACAGAUCCCACAGCUCAACCCACUGCUGCUUCAACAGCAACAGCAGCAGCAGCAACAACAGCAACAGCUGCAGAUUCAAUCAACCCCCGUCGUUACGCAAACGAUCGUGACUGAGACGAACAGCAAGGUGUUGAAGCUGACGUUUGGUGCAAAAACGGCGUACACCACGCUCUACUCUACUACGGUUGUACCGACGGUGUUGACCACCUACCUAACGCAGUCGGUGUCCGUGCAGCCAACGGCCGCUGCUGCCGCUUUUCCGGGCUUUUUCCCGAACCCGUACGCGCCUUUCCCGUUCGUCGGUUAG